AUGUCUGAUAUCUGGCAACGACCACGGAACAAAACAGCAACAACAACACGGCGUGGCCAGAGCGACAACAGGUCCUAUGGCGGCCCUCUCAUCACCCAGCCCGACAAUAGUAAGAUCGGAAUGCAGACAGGUCUUCUUCCUGGCGCUGAUGGCGUAAGUGAGGCCGUUUCCAAAAAUUGCAGCACUAGUGCUUUGAAUGAUAUCGAGGCGCUACCGAGUGGCACAUUUAGUGGGCCUCCUGCAAAGCGACGACGAAUGGAGGCACAGCCCGGAUAUAGCGUCAAGGGAUGCCUGGAACUACUUUCAUAUCCCACUCCGCUCAAGUACUUGCGCCAUACUGAGGUCCGAGUCCCGACUCUUCAGGACUGUGUGACUGAGAUUGUAGUCGAAUAUGACCAUUCUGAAAGGGCACAGCCGCCAGAUAUUGCCCUGCAUCGUCUGAGUAGCAUUGACCACGAAGGUAUCAUUCGACCUCGUUUGUAUAGGCUCGCACAGGAAGUACAUACUGAGCUCGGUCUGUAUGGGUCAAGCUACUUUUGGAAACUCACCCUAGAGGACAUGAUUCAAAAACUGGGGCGUACCUCAACACCGAUAGACCAAGCUAGAACUAUGGUCGAACAGAAGGCGAUGGAUCGCUUAUGGACAGAUUUCUCCCGUCGGAAGCCUUGUAUACCAUGUCUAGACGUAGCCUCCGACGACUUUAAUGUAUCCCCAAAGUUUCUCAAGCUAGUUGAGCUAAUUGAAACAAAUACGUCCCCUACCAAUAGCUUUAGAGUGCUUGUUCUCGUCAAGAGAAAGAUUGUGGCUUCUAUGAUUGUAGAAUUGUUGCGCGAGCUAGCCGCCUUUAAUAGAGUACGCAAUGUACGGCCAGAAGCCAUGACACAAGCUCAAUAUAUGGAUCAGGAGUUGACAUUUGACAAAUUUGUACGCGGGGACACGAAUAUUCUUCUCAUCACCAAGUCGUCGGAGCAUAUGACAUUCCCGAAGUGCGAUAUCGUGAUCCGCUUUGAUUUGUUCGAAAGCCAGCUGUCGUACGCUGCCUCAGUAGCGCACUGCAGCAACUCUGACGGUUAUCUUGUGCAUAUGGUCGAGAGAGGCAACGCAGGUCACAGACGCGUGCUUGCAGAUAUCACAGCUCUAAGUGACGACUUUCAGCGGUGGCUGCCGCGCCUCAAACCUGGUUCAACAGGCGCAAUCCCUCCACGGUCCUUGCAUGAGACAUUGGACCCAUAUUGGUCCGAUAGUGACGACGAUGAGCCCUCCCCUUUGAUCAGGGACCCCACAACGGGUGGUAUCGUUAAGUGUUCGGACGCAAUCACAGUUAUACACCGACUUGCGGCGAGCUUGCAAGACGAUCAUAACGGAUUUACGAUCGAACCCUUCUUCCAGUGCGCGGAAACCCGUGAGGGCAUGCGUACAUUCACUAUUUCUUUGCCUCAACCCAGUUCUAUCAGACCCAUCACUGGCCCACCCCGAAAGUUCCCGCCGGAUUCUCUACAGGCUGCUUGCUAUCUUGCUUGCAGUAAGCUACUAGACGAGGGCAUGCUUGACUAUCGGAUGUUUCCACAGCGUCUCCUGAGUACGGGCUCUCAAUCUACGUGGGGUGAUAGGCCGUCUACCUCAUUUAGUGCCGACGAGGCUAUUGAAGUCGUCAACACUAGGAAUGCUGCCGUUGCAUCCGCCGGGACGCAUCGCUACACCAGGAAACGUCCCGAUUUCUGGGUGAACUCGUCGUCACUUCCGCGAACUCGACUGUACCCAACUUUUGUCGCACCGGACGAUUUGAAGGACGAGCCUUAUGCUCCUGUUCUCAUUCUCACCAGAGGUCCUCUUCCGCCAUUCUCGAACUUCCCUCUGUACUCAUCGGGAUUCAUGACUAACACCCGUUUUUGGACGGGAGCGCCGUUUGAUGUGACCGAGGAACAGUACACUCUAUUGCACAGUUACACGAGUCGAGUUUGCCGUGCGAUUACCAACAAGCCCUUCGCCUGCCCCGCCGACGGCUUUCCUUAUCUUCUUGCUCCAGUGGAUGAUUUCUGGGAGGAUGAUUUCCCGGAUUCUAUCGGAUACGGCAAUAGACGAUCUGUGGAUACUCAUAUUCCUUGGGAUCUCGUAAAGCUAGCUGCAGAAAAAUGCUUUAUCCAUCUGCUUCCGGAUGAAUAUGCCGAUGUUGAGCGUUUUGUGGCAGACGCAGUCAUUCAAGACAGACGCGUGGAGUUCACGAAUCGAUUCUACGUGGUCAGGGUCAGACGCGACAUGACACCACUGAGCAAAGCGAUCGAUAGUCCUCGCGAAGCCGAGUACCCGAGUUUGCUUGAAUAUUGCAAGACCCGUAUCAAAGACUUUCAGGGCUUAAAGAAUGAGAAGCAACCUCUUUUGGAAGUAGCAGUCGCACCACCUGCAAUCAACUAUCUCAACCCUGUUCUAAGGCCAUUGCUCCAGAGCUCCAAAGCGCCACCCAAGUAUCUCAUACCUGAACUUUGUGCUAAGUUCACCAUUCCGGCCAGCACCUUCCGUACAAUGCUCCUUGUCCCGUCAAUCUUGCAUCGAAUUGACCAUCAGCUUCUUGUCAAGGAGCUGAAUGCCCACUUCUUUCAGCACACUAUACUCGAGGAACAUCUCAUUGCCGCCUUGACUCCUCCUUCCGCCAGUGUAGCUUUUGAUUAUGAGCGGCUUGAGCUAUUCGGCGACGCAUUCCUCAAAUAUGUGGCAUCUAUCUAUUGUUUCGUCACUACGCCACAUGUGCGCGAGGGUGCGCUGCAUAUGGCUCGGCAGAAAAUUAUCAGCAACAAGGCACUGCUGACCGGGGCGAAUCGGAUAGGAUUACCGCCGUACAUCCAAAGCAAGCCAUUCGUCGCCAAGACGUGGACACCUAUCACCUCACCGCACUCAAGUCGUGACCCGAUUAAUGAUCAGAAAGCUGUUCAUUAUAAUGAUGCCGUGGCGGGUGACACUAGUGCGAUUCAGACUACAUCGAAGCGGAGCAAGAAGCAGAAGCAGCAGGACGAACAGAAUAUUCAGUGGUUAGGGGACAAGACAGUCGCGGAUGUCGUUGAAGCUAUUAUUGGAGCUGCAUACCUCAGUGGGGGACAACGCAUUGCUCUGCAGACAAUGAAGGUUCUCAGCGUGAACAUUCCGGGCGUCGAACAGUGGUCAGAUUUCUCCCGACUGUUCACGAGUCAGACUUCCCCAUCUACAGUCCCACUUCCAACGGCAACCGUGAGAGCGGUUGAAACGAUUGUAGGAAAUGUAUUCGCCCGUCCACAGCUAUUAGCUCAAGCUCUGACCCACACUUCUAUCGGCGCACACGACGAUAGAACGUAUGAUCGCCUAGAGUUUGUCGGUGAUGCUGUGCUCGACUUUCUCGUUGUUCAAUUCAUCUACGACCGGAAUCCUGGACUGUCUCCAAAUGGGCUCACGCUCCUCAAGAGUGCGAUGGUGUCGAAUCAUGCGCUGGCCGCGUUCUGCGUGCAUUCGGGCCUGCAUAUCCACUUGCGGCAUGCCGCGCCCGAGGUAGGCACAGCCGUGCAGGUGUAUGUCCGCAAGCUGGGAGAGGUACGGGAGAAGGAGUACCGACUUGCCCAAAGCGAGAGAAGGUUGCCGGGUCAGUAUUGGCUUGCUCUCGAUCCCCCAAAGACACUUUCCGACGUUGUAGAGUCGGUCAUUGGUGCUCUAUACAUCUCUGAUGACUUCCAGGAAACUAGCGUCAGGGCCUUCUUCGACGGGACAAUCAAACCGUUCUACGAGUAUCAUAUCAGACUGCAAAGUCUAUGUCCACACCCGACGACGACAUUGUUCGAGUUACUACAGUCUUUCGGAUGCUGCCAGCAUGGGAUUGCAAAAGAAAGGGAGGACUACCGCACUCGGUGCGAAGUUGUCGUGCAUGAUGUAGUCCUGGCAUCCGCCCUAGAGGCGACAUCAGCGGCAGCAACUCGAACCGUUGCUACCCUCGCUCUGGACGCGUUGGACGGAGACCCCCAUUUCAUGAUUCGGACAUGCGACUGUCGCGUGUCACAGCAGAGCAAAAAAGCAAGGAAAACGCAAAAGGCUCAGCUUGGUUAUGAAGAGGAUGGUGACAUAUCAGCAUCAGCAAGUUCAGGCAAACAUCAUCCACGCGACUGA